UUUCUUUACUUCAUUCUCUGACCGAGGGAACUGAAUAUCUCAUAAAUUUCCAAAACAAUAAUACUUAACUGUGUAUUUAUUACCUUAAAAGUGGAUAAUUAUUAAUGUGAAUUGUUAUCUAUUGUAUAAAUGAAAAACAAAGUGAUUUUUCUUCUUGGAUAUAAAUGACUGCGAAUUUUCACAUAUUUCGCUAAUUUUUACAUAUAUAGUAUACUGCGGCGUAUGAUGCAGAAGUUUUGUUAACUUUAGACUUUAAUUUCAAAACUCUUAAAAAUAUCGCUGUUAAUAAGAAGAGGUGUAACUAAAUAACACAUUGUGCGAGCUACGCGCAACAAUAUGGCACCGGCGCCCCAACCCCUUGAGGGCAAAUUUCAAGGUCCAAUGGCCGGCUACCUACCCUCAGGACAGGAGGGUGGACCUCGCAUGAACACAAUUUCUCUUACAGUACUCAUUGAUUUUAUUAUUCAACGGACUUAUCAUGAUCUCACUGUGCUCGCAGAAUUGUUACCACGCAAAACUGAUAUGGAACGCAAAAUCGAGAUUUACAAUUUUUCGGCGCGAACUCGGCAGCUAUUUAUACGACUUAUUGCCUUGGUAAAAUGGGCCAAUUCUGUUUCGAAAGUGGAUAAAUCAGCUAAUAUCAUGAGCUUCCUGGAUAAGCAAAAUAUGCUGUUUAUAGAAACUGCGGAUAUGUUGGCGCGCAUGUCGCGUGAAACGCUAAUACGUGCACGUCUGCCAAAUUUUCAUAUCCCUGCCGCUGUGGAGGUGCUCACCACUGGCACAUACAAUCGUCUUCCCACAUGCAUUCGCGAGCGCAUUGUGCCUCCGGAUCCCAUAACACCAGCAGAAAAGAAGCAGACUCUUUUAAGGCUAAACCAAGUGAUACAACAUCGUUUGGUCACCGGCAAGUUAAUGCCACAAAUGAGAGAAUUCAAAAUAAAAAAUGGACGCGUAACAUUUGAAGUUAAGCAUGAGUUCAAUGUGUCGUUGACGGUCAUGGGUGAUGGCAACAAUGUGCCAUGGCGUCUUUUGGACAUUGACAUACUAGUCGAGGACAAAGAAACCGGAGAUGGUAAAGCAUUGGUGCAUCAACUUCAAGUUAAUUAUAUUCACCAACUAAUACAAGCACGUUUGGUAGAAAAUCCAAAUGCAUUGAGCGAAGUUUACAAUUGUCUGCAUUACUUUUGUCAAUCUCUGCAGUUAGAAGUUCUUUACACACAAACGCUUCGUCUCAGCUAUGAACGCCUGGACGAUAACAUUAACGUAGAAGAAUAUGUACCGGGAGUAAAAAUAACAGUUUCAUAUUGGCGCGAACUUACUAGUAAAGAUCCAAAAUCUGAAUUGGGUUAUCGCCUAACAGUGCAAUCAGAUCCCAAUGAAAUUGGGCGACCACUGGCGGUGGUACAUGUACCUUCGUUGGGCGCAAAAGAAUCAGCAGAGGUAGCCGAUCGUGCCGUAAGAUCUGAUCACCUUUCUAUGGAACGUUUAAUUGUGUAUACUGUAUAUAUACGUUCUGUUUCACGACUCAAUGAUCUAAAAUUGGAAUAUCAAUCAUUUUUAAAAGACGUUGAUUUUAAUCUGCAAGGUACACCAGCUAUUUUGACAGUACCAGUGUUGACACCCUGCUUGCGCGCCGAACAAGUACAUAUAACAAUUGAUACACAUACUGGUAUGUUGAAAUGUCACGUGCCAAAGCAUCUGGACUGCCCCAUAGUGCCUGAAAUGCAGGCUUGUUUGAACGGCGAUCGAAGUAAAUUGCAACAAAUUAUGUCGGAAUUAAGAUUUUGGAUAACACAUCGUCGAUGCGAAAAAACUUUGCAACAUUUACCAGCGGCUACAACACAGACAUUGCCUUUCUUAACGUUGCCCGAAAAUCCGCUCAUGCAACCCGGCCGACAUAAAAUUUACGUUAAACUGCAUCGACAUCCUAAUGUUAUAAUUGUGGUUCAGUUAAAGGAAAAACCCAAUAUGCCCAAUGAAAUGGAAUACACAUUCCAUUUGGGUUUUCUCGCAUAUCAGACAACUGAAACUGAUAUUACUACCGAGGAAGCCCAAAAUACGCGUUUAGUUUCCAGUUCGAAUCCACCUCCACAUCCACCAACAGUAAGUGCAGAGGUACCGAAGGUAUAUACGAAGCUGCUGCGCCUUAUAGAGUUCGAUACUUUUGUCGCCACACACGGGCCAGGGACGGAUGUCGAUGAAUUGCCUCCACACAAGCGCAAAUGGAAUAGUGAUCUUGGACCUCCUGCCAAACAACAGAAGACAAUUUACCCAGCCUAUUUUAUUCCGGAAUUAGCGCACGUUAUUGCGAUGUGUGAUGAAAAGAUACCAUUUUUGAAUUUGGCGCAGGAGUUGUCGAGACGGGAAAUACCGCAUAGUGGUCUACAAGUGGAGGCUAACGCUACGUCUUUGGUGCUGAAAAUACUAUCGCUGCCUAUGCCGGGCCAGCCGCCAGUAGAGCAAAAACAAAAUCCAACCGUUACGUCACUUCCAGCCAUUGAAAAAACUGUUUGGAAUGACCUAAUGAAGCGUUUGCUUUCGAUCUCUGUUCGUUCACAAAUGAAUAAAUCCAAUCAAAUACGGAAUUGGGGUGUGGAAUUUGUAUUUUACAGUACGCCCCUGCAAAGCACGCAUCAAAAAGAACAAGGCAAUCGGCGAACCGUAUAUUUGACGUACGAGCAGGCAAACCACGAUUUUGUAAAAACAGUGGAUGAUUUAUUGCGAGAUUGGUCUAAGAUUGUCUAUCUGUACACUUUAGUUUUUAAUUUCUCCGAGCAUAUUAAAAAUAAAUGUCUGAAUCUCUCCGAUAUGGUUAGUGUAAAGUCUUACAAUUAUAUGAAUCUUCUACUGGGCUAUGGGCCCAAGAAAGAAGUGACUUGCAAUAUAUAUUGGUGUGCACAAUCUUACUGUUUCCGUCUAAUAUACGUGGGCGGUAUAUCUGCAGUGAAUGCGCAUUCUAUGAUGCGCGAUCAGUUAUCCUCGCAUCUAAAUCGUCAGCACAAUCUUACACAAGUGGUACAAAUACUGCAUGAAACCUACAAUCCGCUGAGUUCGAUCGCUAAGUUGCCUAUAAUACCAUUGCUAGGCAUUCCGCGUCCACAAGUACCGAUUUUGUCCUUUUGCAUACUUCCACAAUCGCCGUGUCUUAUACGGUUGGCAUAUCAAGCUAUUUAUUGCCUGGAGAUACGCAUGCGCAGCGGCCGUUUAGUGUCUAUUAGAGACGGCGCAUAUUCUCGUUUCGAUCGCAAUUUAAUCGACGAGUUCACGCCUAUCCAAGGGUUGAAAGGGUUCCUAUUGAAACACGUUGAUGAAAAUGCCGUUUAUCGUGGUCGCUCCCAAAGUGAAGAUGAUAAUCCACCAUCUCCUUUGGGUAUGGAAGACAAUUACAGUGGUCCUAGCAGUGUGACUGGCGCAGGUGCUGGCGGCUCAUCGCCUUUUACGAGUGGCGGUAUGCGAGGGCCACAGUCUCCACGUGAUAGCGGUUUGCGUUUCCCCGCGCCACAUACACCACCUUCCAGCUCAAAUCCCCAUACACCAGCAAGCCCACAUCCAUCGGCUAGCAGUGGAGGCGGUAGCGGUCAAAACCACCCUAAUUUCAAUUUAACUUCGCCGCCGGCACAUCACAUGCCACAUCCUUCACCUGGUGGUAUUAUGCCAUCGUCACCGUUGAAUCCACAACCAAGCCCUCACAUGGUGCAUAGCCCUGGCCCUAAUACGCUAUAUAUGCAAGGGCAUCAGGAUUCGCCGUUUACAGCCAUGUCGCCGGCUAAUACGAAUUGGCCAGGCUCACCCAGUAUGCCGCGGCCGUCACCACGUCCGGGACAAAGUCCGGAACAUAAACCAAGCGGUGGCGCUGGUGGCAAUACCGGAACUACAUCAGCGAUGUCGCGUGUGCCCUCAAAUCGGUCAUGGGCAGGUGCCGUACCAACGCUAUUGACUCACGAAGCGCUGGAAACGCUCUGUCGGCCAAGUCCUCAUCCCAAUAAAGAUAUUACGGGUCCAGAAAUUAGUCCAUUAGAACGCUUCUUGGGUUGCGUGUUUAUGCGCCGCAUGUUGCAGCGCCACAUUCAAGGCGACGAGUCGAUUACUCCACUUAAUUCCAACGAACCUGGUAUGGUAUUGUUCAAGGUGGACGGCCUGCAAUUUCAGGUUAUAUUAAAUCAGAUGCAUAUGGAAUCGUUGCAUUUGAAGGCUCAGCAUUUGCCUACACCGCCUACGCAAGACGGCAAGCAACCAUUCCAGCUGAGUACCGACGAUUUGCUUGUGCUGGAACAGUUCUUUGAUUUGCGUGUAGUGUCACCACCAUAUCGACCGAACGCUAUGACUGCCUUUUGUCGUGUGCUAAGUUGUCCGGGCCAGGUGCUCAAAGACUUUGUGCAAAUUAUGCGGCUCGAUCUGAAACCGGAGGUAAUGGGUGACCAAUUAAAAUGGGCAUUGCAAUUCUGUAUGCGAGUGCCACCAUCAGCAGCAAUAAUACCAAUUGGAACUCCGGGUAUUUACAUUUGCAAACUGAAGAUUCUAUUUUUCUUGCAAAUUACGCGCAUCCCAUACAAAGGGAAAGAGUGGAAGGAUAGCCCAUCGCUGCUGUUGCCCAUGGUUUACGAUUUGACUUCGAAUAUUACGCAACUGGUUGAGAGACGCGAACAAGUACAAUCACCAUCGAUGAAUGCUGUCAGUGCGUCACUGCGUCGUUUCACAGAAUUCGGUGUGCAACAUGGUCAGUGUUCCCUAUUUCCAGCGGUAUUGGAGCUGCUAACCAAUCUUCAGCUUCCCAAUGAUGUACCACCACCCAAUCAAAAUAUCGGACCACAAGUCGGACAAGUGGUCGGUUCCAGCCCCAAUCCAAUGAUGCAUUCGCCCAUGCAGCAAAUGGGACAAAUGGGACCGUCGCCGGUAGGUCCCGGUUACCCGCAAAUGGCACAGAGCCAAGGCCCGCAGUGAUGAAGGCGUAAACGCCGCACGGUAAACAAGAAUAGCAACUGUGCUGGCAGUGCAGGCGGCGACUAAUACGCAAUGAUCACUACUCAAGGAUUUUAUAGGGAACACACGAGGAUGGGACACAAAUUAACCGGCCUUUACAUUUUGAUUUUUAUGUUAAUAUUUUGGAUAUAUCGCAUAUCGUUACACAAAAAAGUGUUUUAUUAAUAGCGUGGCAAUGACAAAUUGUGACAAAUUACCAAGGAGAUAAUGCAGGUUAAGGAAUAUUGUAAUGAAAUGUUUGAAAAUAAAUUAUAUAUAACGAGAGGGGAAUACAACUUUUA